AUGACCACGCCUUCGAUCCCGCCCCCUUCGCCAUCCACCUCCUCGCCUGUCACGUCCGCCUACCCCAAAUUAGACGGGGUCCUCUACCACUUCUACACCAAGACUGUAGCCCUCAUAUGCUCAGAGAGAUUAGGAAACCAGACGGAGCCAGCCGGUACUGCUGAAGCUGUCAGCACACCGGCUGGGAGUGGCUCUGCCAGUGCGACAGAUCGGCCGAGCGCAGCAAGCGGCGCCCCGCCGAGGCGCACAAGCAGAUGGGUAAGCAGUAGCACACUUCGGAUUGCAUGGAUGGUCUCCAAGCUGCGCGCUCGACUUGCUCUGACGUAGUCCCCUCUCCCGCUCAAAGUUCUCCAUUGAGACGCCAGAGCAGACUCUUUUCAAGGAGGAGCUUCGCCUGUGGCGCCAACCCUCCACACUGAUUCCUACGAGCAUUCUUGAUGAUCUGCCCCUCGAGCGCUCCACCCUCCCUGCUUACGUGCCGGAGCUGAUAUUGGACGUCAUCUUGGACCUCAAUCUCGUGCCUGAGAAUUCGUUCUUGAGGCAGUCAGGGGCCGACGCUGUCCUAGUCAAGCGUCCGGGCGAUGUCAAGGCCGUGGUGCUGGAGAGAUGGAGGCUGAGCUUCGAGUAAGUCUAACGCGAGUCCCCUUCCUGUAUCUCUUGUCGGGGCUGAAACUCCUCGCAUCGUCCAUCUGGCACGUUUGCAGUGUACACACGGUACCUGCUCCUCCAGAGCUUUCCACAAUCUACAACACAUGUGUUGGCCACUUCCAGGAGAUGGACGCCAAGCUGCGCAGCUUGCCGGCCUACGGGCUGACAGCAAAGUUGCGAGGCGGCGUUGACAGUCCGCUUCGCCUUGGACUCAGGCUAAGCGCUGGAGAAGUUGAAGAGGCCCCUUCGGUGCUUGGUCCGACAGCUGCGCUAUCUGAUUGGCCGCACAGACCUGGCUCUGUUACCUUCGCGCCUGUGACAACCGGGAUAGGGUAAGUUGGCAUGCUUUCGCUAAAGCCAUGGAGGUUUUCCCACGUCCUAACCUCAUUCUCUCGUAUCAGCUCGCUUUCGCUCCGCGUUGAAACUCGCGCGGGAUUCGAUGUGGAAGUGGUGGAGCUUGACUCGGAGGCAAAGGGUCUCGACUUGGCCGACUUUGACGAGGGCUACUUUCGCCCUGUCGCUCCACAGGGUCAGCCCAGUGUAGCUCCUCAGAAGCUCAGUACCCCUUCACCCGCGACUCGCUCGCUACUUUCACGAGCCGCCGAUCAGAAGGCAGCUGCAAGGAGCGGAGCUCAGCCAUCCGCGAAUACUUCUCCCGCCUCGCCUUCGCCUCCAACCAUCCCUGCUGCCUCUGUUGAGAGUGCCUUGUCUCGAUCACCUGCUCCUCAAACAAGCGCAUUUGGGACUUCGGCCAGCAACAAACCUGUGGCAGGGCUUUCCAGUCUGCGUGGAGCCAGCGCGCUUAGCACCAGUCCCGCCAAUACCAGAGCGCCUCUCUCAAGCGAGGCUGCGUUUUUGACGCACCAGCGCCGGCAAAGCAGCAGCGCUAGCGACCGCCGGUUGCGGACCCUUAGCAGCUAUAGCUCAGAAAAGGUGGGUGGGUGCUGAGACGCAUCGACACUGAUUCAAAUGGCUGACUCUCGCGAGUGAUCUUGACUCUGCAGAGUAGCCCGCCGUCUCCUACUAGUGCAGCUUCUCCGCAGACCCUAUCUCGGCCGGGUUUUGCGACGAGAGCCUCCGCGUUUCCUUCCUUCCGGAUGGGAUCGUACUCUCCGUCCUCUUCAUCUCCUCUAGCGCAGCAUAUGACCGCACAGCAGCGCGGCCAACAGCCAUCCAGUAUUGACAGCGGAUCGCUUGACCAGACUCAGAUGAAUCCCGGGGCAUCCCCCACUCUGCGAUCCGUCUUCCACGGGUACACUUCUUCACAAGGACCUGCCUACACCUUCUCCCCAUUCUCGCGCUCUCUAGGCCGAUCAGCGGGCGAGUCUGCCCUUGGUCUUGCCCGAACGGACGAGGCGCCACCUCGGACAGCCUUAACGAGCUACGAUGAGAGAGCGCCCUCCACUUCGCCCGCUCUGAGUUCGACAGCUGCUCGACCGCAAAUGAUUCAGCGAUACAGCUCUACGCUGAGCUACCGGCAGGGCAGACCUCGACGGAGCUCGGCUAGCCUGACCGGCGGAGAGCCGGGUGCGGCGCAAACACGCCCUGGCACGAGUGAAGAUUCGAAUUACUCCAGGAGUUGGCAAGCCCGCAUCGACCAGCGUCAAGCAUACGCUGCGGCAUACCACCAGCCAUCGAGCAACGAUCCACGAAGCCUUGGCACCGCAGAAUCUGAAAGCAAGAUCGGCAGCUUUGCAAUGGGAGCUGCGUCUCCACGGCCGUCACCGAGAUAUCGAGUGAGUACCCCUCUGUAUUCCUAGGAUCACGUGGUCAAACGACGCUGAUAACAGUACAUGAUUGUCAGUCGUCGAUCUCAGCCAGUCAUGAAGACGACUUAGACGACCUUGUUCGCAUGAUUGAAAACCGCAACGCUAUGCGGACAGAGCCAACGCAGUCCUCUACCACCGCCAAACCACCCUCAGGCGCUCUCGCCAUGAGCCCCAUCGGGCGCGCUAGCCCUGCUUUGGGUAGUGGCAGUCUAUCUCGGCGACGGGGCUCCUUCCGCGCAGGAGGUAAUUCAAGCCCUCUUUCGAGAUCCCAAAUCAACGAGAUGCUAAAUCGUAUGGCUGCCUCUUUCGGAAGGCCUUCACCUGCCUCUGCAGCUACCACGGGAUCGGGCGGAUCUGCAUCAGAAGGCAGCCCAUCGCAAGCGAUUGGAACCAGCGCUGAGGGCUCGCCAUCGAUUACUCGCAGUCCUCUCAGCGCACCACCUAUGUCGGCUUCCAGCAAACCCAUCCGUCCUUUCUACGACGGCGCAAACACCUCGCAGGCUCGCACAAGCUCGGAGGCAUUCAUCACAGCGACUGCGCCGAUAUUUGCGAGACCCAGGCCUGCAGGAGCGUUCUCUGCUCGACCGGUGCCAUCCUACGAUGCCGAUUUAGCGAUGGUUCCGAGUGGCGCUGCCCUCAAUCGCGAGGGAAGCAGAAGCAGCCGUGGAAGAAGAGGUGGCGGUGGCGGUGGCAGUGGAAGCGGUACGAGUGGAGGCAGUGCCAGUGCCAGUGCGACCGCGAGCGCCAACGUUUCGGCCGCCAUGCAAAGAGCAACCUCGUCAGAGGACACUCGCACUUCCCCUACCAGCCAAGCGCAUCACGGUCUACAAGGCAUGCACAGGCACUCACGUGGGUCCAUCGAUCUGCCCUUUCCCAGGUCAUACGACGACGAGCCUAUCGGCACGAUGGAUCUGGGAGGCGAACCAGCGGGCGAAGCCUAUGCAAGAAAUUCCGCGCAGGAAAACGAAGCCCUUGCUCACUUCCUGACACGCAGAAGAGGAGGCGGAAACGGGCAGACUCAUACGCACGCCGCCCAGCCCACCUCUGGUGGAUCCCAUCGAGGACAGUUCUCUCGUCGUUCUGCAUCCCGAUCUGCGUCUCCUGGCGCUCGUAGUGACCAAGAUCACGAUGAACCGGUCUGACAGAAUUCGAAGCUCUCACUGUAAUCGCCCCAUCUAA